AUGUGAGAAGAGUCUGGUGACGAUAUACUACGGGCCAAAGUGCGAGGAGAGGACAGGGACGAUGGAGUUUGUUGUUGGUCUGUCUGUUGGUGGCGGAGGAUUCCUUAUAAUUGUCAUCAUACUUAUCAUCUGUUGUAGGCGAUCCUCUAACAAUGAACGAGACAAAAGACUUGGAUUCACUAGUAAAGAGGAAGAUUUCUCUACAAGAAAACUAGACAUUAGAGACUUUAACUCUAGUCUACAAUUAAAAGAAGAUUCAACGAACUUGUACAGAUACACUGGUACCCCAGGAGUGACUAAUCAGGCGUAUGAACUUCUUUGGAAUCAAAGUCCCAGGGUUCCAGAGUUAGAGAUGUACCCACCGCUGUAUAAAUCACAACCCUCCCACAGACUGUACGGUGAAGAACGGGUAUCAAUGACUAGCAUUGAUUCAACCAGAAACUUUUCCAUCAAGAGGCCACAUAUUUACAGUGAACCCAUGGAGAAUUUUGAAAGUCCUUAUGUCAGCAGGGAGUCGUAUCUCUACAAACCACAAACGGGAAUAAGACCAGCAGCAUCCACGUUUACCAUGACUGAAAACAGAACUCCAUUCUGAAACUGAGAAUACGGAACUGCAUUCUACAAUUCUAGAAAAGGAAUUGGGAAAAUAUUAUUUGUUUCAUAUCAUAACCCGAAUUUCAUUUCAUUUGUUUAGCUGUUAACGGCAUAAUAAACAGUCAUUUAUUACUUUGUUAAAUGCGAUACGUGUACAGUGUAUAUUGGAAUGUACAUACAUAAAUAUAGGGACAUU